AGCUGCGGCAAUGCCAGAUCCUUAACCCACUGGCCACAAAGAGAACUCCAUGAAAGCCAACUUCACUGGGCAUCCUGUCUUUUACCCAGCAAGACCAGCCCUGCACUACCCCCCAGCCUCCAGGCCAGAAAUCCACCCUGCCCUCAUCCACCACCAUCAUCGAGGCCCCUGUAAAAAGGGCUUACUGGUGACUUUCACUUCUGCUUUGCCAAUGACCCAGAGCCCAAAGGGAGAGCCCCCACCUUCAUCCCCCCCAAAGCCAGGCCCGGCGGCCAGACACACAUCCUCCCUCCCCCAGGGGUGAGCUCAGCCAACCCAGACACUCAGCAAGCCCCUCCAGGAAAGAGUGACUUCAAGUGGGCGAGGCCAGGGUAGGGAGAGCAGCAAAAAGGAGGAGUUGAGUGGGUCUCAGCCUUGAAGCUCAUUUCACGCAUCAGUCCCCAGGGCUCGGCUUCCGCCUCCUGCCCUCGCAUGAUGCCAGUCACAGCACAGUCCGGGGUGCAAGCCUGUCCCAGGGCAGGUCCCAGUGCCUGAGAUGCUCCUGCCGCUGCUCUUAGCCGUGCUGUGGGGCGGGUCAGGGGCUCAGGAUCCCCGGUUCCAGCUGAAGGUGCAGGAGUGGGUGAGCGUGCAGGAAGGCCUGUGCGUGGUGGUGUCCUGCUCCAUCGAGUCGUACCCCCGGAGGCAAUGGACUGACUCCACCCCAGCCUAUGGCUCCUGGUACAAAGACCAGGCGGACACAGGCGUGGAUCUGCCAGUGGCCACAAAUAAGCCAGAUCAAGAAGUGCAGACAGGCGCCAAGGGCCGAUUCCAGCUCCUGGGCAAUCUCAGCCGGAGCUGCUCGCUGCUGAUCAGGGACAUUCGCUUGGAGGACCAUGCCGCCUACUUCUUUCGGUUGGAGAGAGGCCCUUACGUGCGAUAUAAUUUCAAGGAAUACAAGUUCUUUCUGGAGGUGACGGCCCUGACUCAGAAGCCAGAGAUCUACAUCCCAGAGACGCUGGAGCCUGGGCGCCAGGUGACACUCCUCUGUGUGUUUCCCGGGACCUCGGAGGAAUGUCCAAGCCCGACUCUCUCCUGGAGGGGGGCUGCCUUCCCCUCCGACGGGGCGGGGCCGAGAACCUCCCACUUCUCCGCGCUCAGCCUCACGCCCAGACCCCAGGACCACGACACGGAGCUCACGUGCGGAGCGGACCUCUCCCGGAAGGGCGUGAGCACAGAGACCACCGUCCGACUUAACGUGGCGCAUGCCCCCAGAAACCUGGUUAUCAGCGUUUCGUGGUCCAACGUGUCAGCCCCGGAGCCCCAGGGCAACAGCUCACAUCUGGAAGCCCAGAAAGGCCAGUUCCUGCGGCUGCUCUGUACCGCUGAGAGCGUGCCUCUUGCCACCCUGAGCUGGGCCCUGGGGGACAGAAUCCUCUCCUGGGCCCACCCCUCAGGCUCCAGAACCUUGGAGCUGGUGCUGCCCCGGGUGAAGGCUGAGGAUGCGGGCCGCUACACCUGCAGAGCAGAGAACAGGUUAGGCUCUGAGAGCGGCAGCCUGGACCUUUCUGUGCAGUUCCUGGAAAGCUUCGGGAAUUGCACAUCCAUCCCGGUCCUGGAGGGCCAAAGCCUGCGUCUACUCUGUGUCACUCACAGCAACCCCCCAGCCCAGCUGAGCUGGACCCGAGCGGGACAGACUCUGGCCCCCUCCCAGCUCUCAGAUCCUGGGCUCCUGGAACUGCCUCAGAUACAAACAGAACAGGAAGGAGAAUUCACCUGCUGGGCUCAGAACCCGCUGGGCUCCCAGAAUCUCUCUCUGAGCCUCUUGGUGGUCUACCCCCCGCAGCUGCUGGGUCCCUCCUGCUCCUGGGAGGACGGGGGUCUCCACUGCAGCUGCUCCUCCCGAGCCCAGCCCGCCCCCUCCCUGCGCUGGCGGCUGGGGGAGGAGCUGCUGGACGGGAACCUCAGCAACGCCUCGGUCAAGGUCACCUCCAGCUCCACCGGGCCCUGGGUCAACAGCUCCCUGAGCCUGGGCGAGGGGCUCAGCUCCAGCCUCAGACUCAGCUGCGAGGCCCAGAACGUCCACGGGGCCCAGAGCGCCACUGUCCUGCUGCAGCCAGAUGAGAAGGGCCUCGCCUCCACAGCCUUCACCAGCGGAGUAUUUCUAGGCCUUGGCCUCGCGGCGCUGCUUCUUCUCUGCCUGCUCCCGGUCCUCCUGAAGGCCCUGAGGAAGAGAGGGACCCAGGCCGGCGUUCCGGCCCCAGACCCGGCCCCGGCCCCGGCCCCGGCCCCGGGAGAGACUCCGCGGUCCAGGAUCUCCCGGAGGAGCACGAUCCUGGAUUACAUCAACGUGAUCCCGCGCGCUGGCCCCCUGGCUCCGAAACGGAAAGGCAAACCAAGGGGUCCAUCUCAGGCCCCUCCUCCAGAUGCGCACACCCUGGAGCCCAGAAUGAACCAGAAGGAGCUGCAUUUUGUCUCUCACAACUGUCCAGGACCCAAAUCAGCCAUGCAAGUCCCAGACUCAGAGAACCACCCGGAGGAGCUCCAUUACGCUGUCCUCAACUUCCCAGACCCCAGACCACGGGAGAGCCAGGGGCCCAAGGAUUUCCACUCAGAAUAUGCUGCGGUCCAGUUCCACUGACUGGAGUAUGCCGUGGUCCAGUCCCAGGUCUGCUGGGCUGCAGGACUGGGAUCCAGGGAGGAAGGCAGGGCAGUUGGGAAGAGAGCAGAACGUAUAGUCUGUCUGUCCGCCUGUCUUUAAUCCUCCAAGGAUGGGUCAUCCCAUCGCAGACACAGCCUGACAAGUGUCUCCAGAGUGGCCUUCUCUUGAAUACGCUAUUCUGAGAAGCCAGCAGAAGCUUUUCUUCCGUCAAACCCACGGACCACCUGGCUGAUUACUCACCGUCUCGGUUUCUCAAAGGCGGAAGGGCCUUUCGAGAUGAAAUCAUCAUCUUUGCGAGGUCGCCAAGCCAACCUCCCAGGUCAGGUCUGGCCCCCUGCCUAUUUUCAUGGCACCUGUGAGCCAAGCCUGUUCUUUACAUGUUCAAUGAGUAAGGGGGUGGGGACAGUCAAAAGCAGAGUGUCUUGUGAUGCAUGGAAAUGACUUGCAAUUCAAAUCUCCGUGUCCGUAAAUAAACAUAAAUCUUUAUUGGAGCACAA